GUUUGGAGCCCAUUUUUAUUCUCGAAUUUGAUUUUCUUCUUUUUACUCCGUGAUUUUAAUACGAUGUUCAGUUAAUGUAAAUAAUAAUCAGUGAUUUUUUAAUAUAGUGAUCCAGUUUUUUAUCGAGUGAAUAAUCGAUAAUGAAAGGAUGGGAAUCAUAAAGGUCAAUCAUAGCUAAAAAGUGGAUGAUAUCUAAAUGAAAAGUAUUUAUGAGUGAUACUUAUGAAAAAGGCCGUAAAGCAUAUACAUAGCCUGAAGGCUUAUACACUUCAUCUUCGUAAGCUGUUGGCAGUCUUCUUAAUAACGGAGUAUCGACUGCCCGUAGUUCUGAUCUACCAACGUUAUUGUAUCAUCCGUCGUAACUAGGAUAUUCAAUUGCAGUAUGAUACGCAUUAUCCUCUAUUUAGAGCUGCAACAAUUUCUACUCAAUGAUUUCGUUAGCGGCUUGAUUCGAGAAACUACUUCCUCUUCGUAUGAUAAAAAUACAUACACAGGAAACGAAAAAUCUAAAUUAUUGGCAAAUAUAAUUAAACCUUGAGCAAGAUUAUAUUACGAGUUUUUAUUUAAUAAUUCAUUACGAUUCAUUAUGAUUAUAUGUAAUUCUACUACUACGUUAUAGAAAUUGAGCGUAAAAGUAGCGCAAAAUGUACGCGCCGAGAAAGAAAGUUCUUUGGUUCGCGAUAACUACUAGAAUUGUAAUAUUAAAAUUACAAAUAAUUUUCAAUGUAUUAAUCCCCGAUCAUCAAGCAGAUGCAUUUAAAAGACCUUUGGAUUCUGCGGAGAAAGUGUCUCUCUGUGACCAAAUAAUUAAUUUUUUAUUCGAUGGUCUUACACGUUGGGAUGGAGAAUAUUUUUUACAUAUUGCAAGAUAUGGAUACACAUAUGAGAAUACUCUCGCUUUCUAUCCGUUGUAUCCAACUAUGAUUCACAUUAUCGCUGUUAUUUUAACAAAAGUAUUUCCUUUAUUCAAUAUGCAAAGUAUGAUGAUCAUCGCUGCGAUUUUAAUUAAUUUCGUGUGUUUCGUAAUGUCUGCUAUUAUAUUUUAUGAUCUCACUGAGAGUGUAUUUCAAAAUACUAUAACGGCUUACAAAGCGGCCAUACUUUAUUGUAUAAAUCCGGCUAGCAUAUUUUUCUCGGCGUUAUAUUCAGAAUCUAUAUUUGCGUAUUUAACAUUUUACGUUAUGCUCGGAAGUAUCAAGUGUAUGUCUAACACCUAUUUUCCAUUGGCUUUAUCAACUUUAGUGAGAUCAAAUGGUAUCAUCAACAUUGGUUUCCCUAUAUAUUUCAAGCUUAAGAAUUUGUGUAAUUCAGAAAGAAUAGAAGCACAUGGAAAACAUAACGUACUAUCAAUCUUAUGGCAUAUUUUAAAAUUAAUGAAAUUAAAUAACUAUUUUACUAUAUUAAGCAUAAUGAUUAAAUCGCUAUUUCCAUUUGUCUUUUUACAAUUAUACAAUUAUAUGAAAUUCUGUACUUCUACAUUCGAUAAAUCGUUGUUGCCAGUUCACAUUUUACAAUAUGCUGUAGAAAAUAAUCUGAUUCUAGCAGGUAAAACAGAUUCAAUAUGGUGUAACGCUAGUGUGCCUUUAGCAUAUUCGUAUGUGCAAAAGACAUAUUGGAAUGUCGGAUUCCUAAAAUAUUAUCAAUUCAAACAAAUACCGAAUUGUCAAUGUAUAAAAGAAUUUGCUAGUGAAUAUAGAGAUGAAUUAUACUUGUUAGGCUUUUUUGAUAGCAAGCCAAAAAGCAAAAAUAUUAAAGUAAAAAAAUAUCCAUCAAGUAUGUUUGUUUUUGUAGUACAUGGAUUAUUUUUAACUAUAUUUUGCUUAUUCUUUGUACAUAUCCAAAUUAGUACACGUUUAUUAGCCUCUGCAACUCCCUUGAUGUAUUGGCACUGUGCAUUAACCAUGUCUCACAAAUGUACCAAUCAUAUCAAUUUACAGUAUGAAAGUGAUGAAAAUAUGUGCUCUAAAUGGAAAGUAUUUUUCUUAUAUCAAAAACAAUAUACAUUACAAGAUAAAUUUAUAUUAUUUUACUUUAUAGGAUAUAUAAUCGUAGGUUGUUUUAUGUUUUCAAAUUUCUUGCCAUGGACUUGAUAUAUAUUUUAUAUGGAAUGUGUGCUUCCUUUUUGUCUCUUCGUUUGUUUCUGUUGCAAGAACAUUUCAAAUAUAUAUGUAUAUACAAAGAAUAAAUCUUUAUAAUCAAAGAGUACUAUUUACGAAGAGUACUAAAAUAUUUAUUCUAUAUAAAUAUUUAAAAGAAUACAACUAUUUUUACGAAUUUUGAAAUACAUACAUAUAAACAUUUGACUACAUUGUAGAUAACAUGUAUAUAUAGAACUC